CUUACCUGUCAGUUGAAGUCUCUGCUAAAUUCAUGCUGAGAUAAUUUUUAACCGGUUAUAUGUUAGUUGGGGUCCAGAUAGGGGGGAGUAUUUGGAGCUCUUUGUAACUUUUGUGGAAGCAUGGACAGCCAGGGGAGGAAAGUAGUGGUCUGUGACAAUGGGACAGGGUUUGUCAAGUGUGGCUUUGCUGGAUCCAACUUCCCUGAACACAUCUUCCCUGCCAUGGUGGGUCGGCCAAUCAUACGAUCAAACACCAAAGUGGGCAACAUCGAGAUUAAGGACCUGAUGGUGGGGGACGAGGCCAGCGAGUGUCGUUCCAUGCUGGAGGUGUCCUACCCCAUGGAGAAUGGCAUGGUGCGCUGUUGGGACGACAUGCUCCACCUGUGGGACUACACCUUCGGCGAAGACCGUCUGAACAUCAAACCAUCAGAAUGCAAGAUCCUGCUGACCGAGCCGCCCAUGAACCCCACCAAAAACCGCGAGAAAAUCGCUGAGGUCAUGUUUGAGAAGUACCAGUUCCAUGGCAUCUAUGUGGCCAUCCAGGCUGUGCUCACGCUGUACGCUCAAGGUUUGCUCACUGGUGUGGUCGUCGACUCGGGAGACGGUGUCACCCACAUCUGCCCAGUGUACGAGGGGUAUUCUUUACCCCACCUGACGCGCAGACUGGACAUCGCAGGACGCGACAUCACGCGAUACCUCAUUAAGCUCCUGCUGCUCCGUGGUUACGCCUUCAACCAUUCAGCCGACUUUGAGACUGUGCGUAUGUUGAAGGAGAAACUCUGCUAUGUGGGAUACAACAUUGAGCAGGAGCAGCGCCUGGCCACGGAGACCACCUACCUGGUGGAGUCAUUCACGCUCCCCGACGGCCGGCAGGUGAACGUAGGUGGAGAACGAUUUGGAGCUCCUGAAGCUCUUUUCCAGCCUCAUCUAAUUAACGUGGAAGGAGCCGGAGUGGCCGAGCUGUUGUUUAACACCAUCCAGGCUGCGGACAUUGACCUCAGGGCCGACUUCUAUAAGCACAUCGUUCUGUCAGGAGGGACCACCAUGUACCCCGGCCUUCCAUCCAGACUAGAAAGAGAGAUCAAGCAGCUGUACCUGGAGAGGGUGCUUAAUGGAGACACAGCGAAGCUAUCUAAGUUUAAGAUCCGAAUCGAGGACCCUCCCAGGCGCAAACACAUGGUGUUCCUGGGCGGCGCCGUGCUGGCCAACAUCAUGAAAGACAAGGACUCCUUCUGGCUGAGCAGAGCAGAGUACCAGGAGAAAGGCCUGGCCGCGCUGCAGAAACUAGGGGGUGCCGUCAGAUAAAAUCAAAUAACUUUCGUGUCAACUCUCCACGCUCCUUGAAAAAGUCUCCCCAUUCCUGCCACUGCUAGUUAAUUAAUUGUAUAAAGAGUUAUUGACUUUGUUAAUCGCGUUUCAAUUAAUUUGGCAUUUUGCAGAUUUGGUUUUGGCUUUCUGACUUUUUUUUUUUUUUUUAAAUAAAAAAAUUAAAAUAGA